CAGUUCGAUAGAUUGUUUGGAAAAAUAUAUAUACGAACAUGUAGUCUCAAAGAUACCCUCUCCUCGCCGCCACCACCGAUCACCUCCGUCAUCUCAGUUCGCCGGCACUCGGUAUCUAACUAUCUAUCACCUUCACGACCUCUGUAAUAUUCAUAUUCAUAUUCUUCUUCAUCCCCUAAAUAGGAAUCAGUUGAAGCCUUUGUUUGCCAAUGGUGAUGGAUGAGAAGAAUGGCAAUUGUGAUUCAAAACCAAAACCUCAAAGAAAGAUGAAGUUUAUGCCAAAAGCACCACCUCGCAGAGACCAGAAGCUAGUUUUGCCCAAACCGGAGAAGGUUGAGGAUACUGAAGUGGAUGAUAUUAAGGAGCAAGAAUUGUUGAGGCGUUUCAAUGAAGCUUCUAAAAGGCCGAAAUUCAAACCUGAAAUUAAGCCCUCAGUCCCACAGAAACAGGUUUCAUCAUUCAACUUUGGCCCGACUGGUCCCAAAUCCGAAGGUGGUGAUGCUGCCACCUCAAGCAUGGGGACUAAGGAAUACAAAGAGCCAUGGGAUUAUUACAAAUACUAUCCUGUUACUCUGCCUGUAAGGAUGCCAUACGCAGGAAAUCCAGAGCUUCUGGAUGAAGAAGAAUUCAAGGAGGAUUCAGAAACCAAUGCUUACAACGAGUCCUCUUCAAUGGCAGCCAAAGAACUCGGUUUAAUGGAGGAAGACAUCGAAAAGAAAUUGAUUUUCAUCCAACUGCCAACAACAUUGCCUGUACCGAAGCAAUCUGUGGAGACAAACGGUGAGGGGAGCUCAAAGCCAUCGAAAGAUAAAGAGCCAUUAUCAAAAGGUUCCAAUUUGAAAGAACUUCCUGCAGGCUUAAUGGGUAAAAUGUUGGUGUAUAAGAGUGGUGCUGUAAAGCUGAAAUUAGGCGACCAUCUGUAUGAUGUUUCUGGAGGUCUAGAUUGUAGUUUCGCGCAGGAUGUCGUUGCCAUUGAUACCGAAGAGAAAAGUUGUUGCAAUGUUGGAGUCCUGAAUAAGCGUGCCAUUAUUACCCCGGAUAUCGACUCCAUCCUAGACAAGAUUAAAGACUUGUGAUUUUUAUUUAUUUUUGCUAUAUAUUUGUUCUUUUACAUGAUGAAAUUUUGAUGCGGACUUUGAGAUUUAUUACUUCUUUUUAUGAAUUGACCAACGUUUAAUUAUUUAAUUCAACAGUGUAUUCAUUCA